CCAUUGUGUGUACUACAGGUUGAGGCACAGUGCGCGUUGAGACAGCGUGCCGCACGUUCAUUUCGCUCCUUGCCACCUUUCGAUGUCAAUGAGCGUAACAUAGAAAUGUACAAAACCUUAGUCAAUUUGUAAAUAAAAUUUAAUUCACCAGUGAUAUUUGAAAGUGAUAUUUUUGUAAUUUAAGUGUUAUUUUAUUAUAGAAAAUGUUUAAAUACGUGUUGUUGUUUGCAGUUUUAUACGUGGGAAAUGCUGAAAUCAUCAACUUAGCUGGGGGCUUGAAAUCCAAUUACACAUUUCCAGAAGGCUUCCUGUUUGGAGUAUCAACUGCUGCUCCACAAAUUGAAGGAGCAUGGAACAUAGACGGAAAAUCAGAAAGUAUAUGGGACCACAUGAUACAUUCCAACCCAAAAUUCGUCAAGGAUGGAACCAACGCGGACGUGGCCGCCGAUUCCUAUCAUCUUUACAAACGAGAUGCCGAAAUGGUCCACGAACUUGGAGUAAACAUUUAUAGAUUCUCCAUAUCUUGGCCAAGAGUGUUACCUACAGGGCUGACAAACGAAAAAAAUCUACUAGGAAUUCAAUAUUACAGUAACCUCAUCGACGAACUGUUGAAGUACAAUGUGACUCCUAUGGUCACAAUAUACCACUGGGACCUUCCUCAGCGGCUGCAGAAUCUGGGAGGGUGGACGAACCCGCACAUAAUCGAUUACUAUACGGAUUAUGCUAGAGUUGUAUUUGAAAAUUUUGCUGACAGGGUGAAAUAUUGGGUGACGUUUAAUGAGCCGAUGCAAACUUGUUUGGAAGGCUACGGCGGCACGUACCGCGCGCCUGCACUAAACCGACAUGGCAUUGCUGAAUAUCUUUGCACUCAUAACCUUUUGAAGGCCCAUGCAAGCGUUUAUCACCUAUUCAACGAUCACUUCCGGCCUACGUAUGGAGGAAAAAUUGGAAUGUCCUUGGAUUCGAAUUGGGCUGAACCUAAGACUGAUUCGCAAAGCGACAAAGACGCAGCAGAAUUGUAUUUGAAGACGCAUCUCGGUUGGUACGCACAUCCAGUCUACUCUGCCACUGGAAACUAUCCUGAAGAACUCAUAAACCUUGUCGACGCUAAGAGCAAGCAGCAAAACUACACCAGGUCUCGUCUUCCGAAGUUCACGCCCGAAGAAAUUAAAUACAUACAAGGAACUGCCGAUUUCUUCGGGCUGAAUCACUACACAACAUAUUUGUUGAGCAUGGCUGAUGGGGAAGUAGGAGCUAUACCUUCCCAUGAGAAUGAUGUCGGUAUUGUCAGGGUACAAGACCCGCAGUGGCCAUCGGAAUCAUCGUCAGCAUGGCUUAAGGUGGUGCCGUUUGGUUUUCGUAGAUUACUUCAAUGGAUCACGAAGACGUACAACGUCCCAAUUAUAGUUACGGAGAAUGGUUACGCUGACUUUGAUGGUCUAGAGGACAAUGCUCGCGUGUCUUAUUAUAAACAUUACCUGAACGCUUUGCUCCACGCGAUCUACGAAGACCGAAGCAAUGUCACCGGCUACUUCGCUUGGAGUCUCAUGGAUAACUUUGAGUGGGACGAUGGAUAUGUGUCCCGCUUCGGUCUGUACCUGGUAGAUUUUGAUAGCCCCAACAAAACGAGGACGGCGAAGCGCUCCGCGAAGCUGUACUCGGAGGUGAUCGCCACUCGCCGCCUCCCCAACGACUACGACCCUUACGACUUUUCCGCUUUCAAGAAUGCAGGCGCCGGCCUCCUCGCCCCAACCUUGCUUUCUCUACUUUCGCUACACAGACUAUUCCUUUAACGUCGUUGUUAAAAUACUUGUGUAUAUAAAUCUGUACGUUGUAGUUCUAAACUAUAUUAUAAAGUAUUCAAUAUGUUAAGUUUCAUGUCAAUUUGAUCCCUAAUAAAGUAAAGCUUAACGCUAAACGUAGUGAGAAGUUGGGCAGUCCGGCGUGCCUGUGGCGUGCCGGCGCCUAUCAGUAUUCGACGGUGGCGAGUUUCUCGGCGUUGUCUCGGGCCACUUCCCGGCGCAGCUGCGCCUGGAUGCUCGCGAACGACUUGCCCUUCGUCUCCGGCAACACGGCCAGCAUAAACACCAGCCCAAGGAACGAUAAGGUGGCGAAGCCCCAGAAUACUGUGUAGAUCCCAUAAGCAUCUUUCACCACCUGAAAAUAACACAGUUACCAUUAAAAUAUUGAUGUCAACUAUUCAUAAAGAGAAUAUUGCUAAAAGUAUAACUAACAAUGAAUUGUAGAGUUGAGUAAAAAUUAAAAGGUUAUUUUAUAAUAUUUAUUACGUGUUAAGUAUUAAGGAUUUUAAUAAGAAUUUUAAUAAAUUUUUUAAUCCGAA